UUGAAAUUUUGUGGACGUCUUUUUAGGUUAUAAGUGAUAAAUUUAUAUUUAUUUAUAACAAAUCGUGAUACAAAAAACAUAAAAAUGAGUCUUUAUAACUUUAAAAAAAUCGCCGUUGUGCCUCCGGCAAAGGACUUUAUAGAUAUCAUUCUAUCUAAAACCCAAAGGAAAACACCGACAGUUAUUCACAGGAAUUAUAAAAUAUCAAGGAUACGUGCGUUUUAUAUGCGUAAAGUGAAAUUCACUCAACAGAACUUCCACGAUAGGCUCUCACAGAUUAUCCAAGAAUUUCCAAAAUUAGAUGAUGUCCAUCCCUUUUAUGCUGAUUUGAUGAACGUUUUGUAUGAUAAGGAUCAUUAUAAACUUGGUUUGGGACAACUGAAUACCGCUAGACAUUUAAUAGACAAUGUUGCAAAAGAUUAUGUGCGAUUGCUUAAGUAUGGAGACUCUUUGUAUCGUUGUAAACAACUUAAAAAGGCAGCACUUGGUCGAAUGGCCACGAUAAUGAAAAGACAAGCUGCUAAUUUAACCUAUUUAGAACAAGUCCGUCAACAUUUAGCACGUUUGCCUAGUAUUGAUCCAUACACAAGGACUAUGAUUAUUUGUGGGUUCCCAAAUGUUGGAAAAUCUAGCUUCAUAAAUAAAAUUACUAGAGCUGAUGUAGAAGUACAACCCUAUGCAUUCACAACUAAAAGUUUAUAUGUUGGACACACAGACUAUAAAUAUUUACGUUGGCAGGUGAUAGACACUCCUGGAAUCCUGGAUCAUUCUUUGGAAGAACGAAAUGUUAUAGAAAUGCAAGCAGUAACAGCUCUUGCUCAUUUAAGAGCAUGCGUCUUGUAUUUUAUGGACUUAUCGGAGCAAUGUGGACAUACAAUUGAAGAACAGCGAGACCAGUACAAGAGAAGAGUGCCUCAUUUUUGGGUCCCGGUUCUACGUAGAUCUGUAGUUUUUAGUGAAGUCUUAAACCAAUAUAUUUCUGUAACCGUGACUGAUAGAACUAUGAGGUUGAUUCAUGAUAACUAUGGCUUUGAUCACUAUUUGUUAAAGACUCCUGCAUGUGAUUUAAAAUCAACCUUAGCGCUAACUCUCAAAAGACAAAUUUUACAAGCACUUCAAGACGGAUGUCCUGCGUAUGAAGAAGACAAGCAGACACAAGAUGAUAUUUACAGUCAAUACAAACAGUAUCUUAGUGCAUAUUCCCCUGAGGAAAUAGAGUGGUACGGCUUAACAUUUGCCCAAGCUUGUCAAAAGUUUAUUCGAAAAAAAGAAAUCGAAGCCGGUAAACCUAAACCCUUAAAAUGUGUAUACCGGUCCGAGCUUAUAGAUAAACUUAGACAAGUCGGUAUUAGUGGAGAAGUUAAAGACGCCGAUGGCAAAGUAACACCAGUAGAUAUACCAAGUGAGACACCUUCCUCAUCAUGGUUGGAAAAAAUCAAUCCAUUUGGAAAACGUGAUCUGUAGCAAAACCAAUUAAAAAAAUACCUGCACUCUAAAUUUGGUAAAAUUAGCAAAAAAUAAAAGUUGUAUAUUUACAAAAAAUAUAAUUGUAUAAACAAA